UGUGCGGGUGGAAAUAAGAUUUGAAAAUCCUUAAACAGAGCCCGAAAAAUUGUAAGAAACAGCCCCACUCUUCUCUGGUUUUCCUCUUACCUUCCACCAAUGCAAACAUGUGUAAUAAACUUUCAAACCCGGUUUCUUCCAUGUCUGAAAGUCUACCAAGACACUCUCACAAGUUACUCUUACAAACUCACUACCCAGAAAUGUACCAUCCAAACCUCCAAUCUCUCAAUCCCAAGUUCCCAUAUUUACAUCCCCACCAGCCCCCCUCUCUUCUCCUCAACUCUACCCUCUUCUCCCUCCCACUUUCCAACAAACCCAGGAACCUCAGGAUCAUCCAUUGUCUGUUUCCAACAACUACCCACCUAAAUGUUGAUGUCUCCGGCGAUCUCCGAGUCAUUUUCGCCGCCGGCGGCACCGGCGGCCACAUCUACCCGGCGGUGGCUAUUGCCGAUGAGCUCAAAACCCAAAACCCUAAAACCCAAAUCCUCUUUAUCGGAAACCCUACCGGAAUGGAGAGCACUGCCGUGCCCUCCGCAGGCUACGACUUUGCCGCCGUAGCCUCCGCCCCAUUGGCCCGCCCACUCCUCUCCCCACACAACCUCAUCAUCUUCCCCUACCGUUUGAUCAAAUCCCUAAUCGAAAGUUGGCGCCAAUUGCGCGAUUUUGAUCCCCAAGUCGUUGUUGGGACUGGUGGGUAUGUUUCGUUCCCAAUUUGCCUCGCUGCUUCUCUCAAAGGAUUGAAAUUAGUAAUCCAAGAGCAGAAUUCAGUGCCCGGUAUUGCGAAUUGGGUUCUUUCUUUCUUUGCUGAUCGAAUUUUCGUUGCUUAUGAUUCAACUAUUGAUUGUUUUCCUAGAAAAAAGUGUGUUGUGUGUGGGAAUCCAAUUCGGUUAUCUUUGCAGCAGUACGUGUCGAAGGCAGUGGCGAGGAUGAAUUUUUUUCCGGGGUUGGGGGAAAUGGGGAAUUCGGAGGCGAAAGUUGUGUUGGUUCUUGGUGGGUCUUUGGGUGCCAAUGCUAUCAAUAUUUCCCUCUUGAAUUUGUAUUAUCAGAUGUUGAUGGAGAACAUGAACUUGUUUAUCAUUUGGCAGACGGGCGUAGAAGCCUUUAAUGAGAUGGAGAGCCUUGUGAAAAACCAUUCGCGUUUGAUUCUUACUCCGUUCUUGCAUUCUAUGGAUUUGGCAUAUGCAGCUGCAGACCUUAUUGUUUCAAGAGCUGGUGCAAUGACUUGCUAUGAAAUUUUGGCCACUGGAAAACCUUCUAUUCUGAUACCAUCACCAAAUGUUGCUGAAGGACAUCAAUUCAAAAAUGCUUCACUAAUGGCAGACAUAGCAGGGUCAAGGGUCAUAACUGAAGAUGAACUUGAUUCAACAACCCUCGGAACUGCCAUUGAGGGGAUUUUGGAGAAUGAGAGUCUAAUGGCGGAGAUGUCUGAGAGGGCCCUGAAGGCUGCAAAGCCUAAUGCCUCUGCUGAGAUUGUAGAACACAUUCUUUCUCUAGUCAAGUUGUCAACAGCAAAAGAAAGGUAAAAAUUGAAGUUGUCAAGAAUGGAAUAUGAAUCACUUGUAUUUUCCAUUAGACAUGAAGUCCUUGGCAUUCACUUUCAUUCUGCUCAAAUCGAAUGCCAAUUUCCUCAACUUACUCAAAUUGGUCAAUACAAAAGCAGGCAUUGGAGUGUGGUUCAUGGAACUAGGUUAGGAUUCUUCUUUUUCUUCCAUUUUUCUAUUUUUCAAAUUGGUAAAAUUGACUCUCUGUGGCCUCAGUUGGAUAAUGUACUGAAACAUGAAAUAGCUCAUUGAAUACUUUUAGUGACCUUUCCUUGAUUAUGAUAGUGUCUUCAAAUCAUAUUGUUUGGUGAUUGUGCUUA